CGAGGCUCUCACUCCAUUGAUACACUCCUCACACCUACUGCAUCUAAUCCCUGCUCUGAUUGUGACGACACUAGAGCGAAAGUUCUACGCCGUCAAAGCGCUACUCAUACCAAGAAUCACGGCGGUUCCAAUCCGGUGGCAAGAUAUGGAGAGAAGGUUACGAGGGCGAGACAUGCUCGCACUUCUGCUCUUCCUCGCAACGACCGGCGAUGCAGCAGAGGUCAGCCAACGGCCCGACCUUACGACAUCGACUCGGACGAGAGAAAGGGUGGGUGAGAAGCAUAGGACAACGUCCACACCCUCCUCUGCUUCCCCCACCUCGGCGUCCUCCGCAAAGCCACCUCCGACACAAUCCAGCAGCAGUACCACGGCCCUUCCCACGCCGUUGGGGAGCACCGUCAAUGUUGGUCAUCUGACAGCUCUCCCGACGAUCGCCGGCAUCGCCAUACCCACCAUUGGUGUUCCAAACACCGCCAAUGCCCCCUUCAUGCAGAAGUCAUCGCUCCCCGAAGGCACGUUCUUCAUCGCUGUCGGGGCCAUACUGCUAUUCAUGGGCGCGUGUGUGCUUCUAUGGCGAGCCAUGAUCGCAUGCAGCGUCAAUCGCAACGCCAAGCGAGCGAUCAAAUCCUCCACAUCGAGUUACUCGGAAAAGAUAGGACGCGGUGACACCAACGGGAGAUGGCCGGCGAGCAGGAUAGGGACGGGCUACAAUCCGGCGUCGACAAUAUCUUUCCACAAAAACGCAGCGAGUACGAUUUCCACGGAACAUCUGACGAGUGCGGGAAGUCCGGUCAGGCAGCAUUACCGGGACUCGGCGACGGAUCGAUCGAGCGCUCCACCUCAAGCACUAUUCUUCAGCCCCACGGCGCAGUCUCGCGACAGCAGCCCGAUGGGCCAGCGAGCGUCUCCAUACAUGCCUUCCGGCUACUACGCCAAUCCGUCGUCUCCAUCGGGUGCAGGCGCGGGCAACUUCAGGAUCGCGAGCCAAACGUCUCCCUACGUCCCAACGCAUCACCAACGCACCAGCACGCAAGCGGCGCAAGUCAGUUGGUCCACUCCUCCUGUAUCUCCCGCGGUUCCAUCCCGGCAUGCACGAGGCGGCUCGCGCGAUGUACUGCUACAACACGGCCGAGGCAAUGGUAGUCCAACGCGGCAAGAGGGAGGCGUCGCCCGCCACAGUUUCUUUAACAACGCCGCUACUUACGGCAAUGCGAGUCGGUCAAGUCUCAUGCUCGGGCAGUCUGGCAACGGCAGUGGAAGUGAGCCGACCAGUCGGGCACAGAGCGUUCACGUGGAGGGGCCACUCGAGGGAGAUGGUUAUGGAAGACGGGAGAGGUUUCGAUAAUGCCGGCGUUCUUGUCGAUUACCACCAUUUGGGUUGGAAAUGUAUGCAUAUGUACGGCUAAUGAGCAUCUUCAGUAUCGGCGAGGGGGGCGUCUAGUCAUUAGAGAUAUAGAACUGGGAAGAAUCAUGAGCGUUGACAUCAAGCAGCUAGCCUUGCUGACACCCGUGGAUACAUUGACUUGUCGCCAUUGCAUCAGUGCGGGCGCUUUGGCAUAGCAUCGUCCGACGAUCUCUCGCAGCGGC